GACGACGCCGGCAAAUCUAGAUUACACCUCUCGCGCAGCUCGCGAAGGCUCUCGCGUCGCGUACAGGCGACGACAGUGUCAGUCUUCGUUAUCUCACCUACAUCUUAUUUUUUUUUGUCUUUCUUUCUCGUUUUGCUCUCCUCGUGUUCGCAACGACGAAGAACGUCGCAUUAAUUUUAUUCGCGCUUCAAGGUGUAAGAGAGAGGAGGGGCCGUUACUUCGGUCGCCGUGCCUGGAAACAUCUCUCCUAACACGCACAGGAGAACGACAGUUCCUUAGUAUCGCUAUACUUUUUUUGGGGGGCAAAUUUCCCGGCCUGCUGCAAACGGGUUACCCUGCAUUUGUGAAGUGCGCGAGUACCCACGAUGUUGGACAGUGUGAAGAUCAAGAACGCCCUCGUGCGUGAAGUGAUCGCUGAACUCCUGGGAACGUUCGUACUUGUGUUGUUCGGCAACACAGUGCUGGCGAUAGUGACUUUUGACCGGCCUCCAAAUUUGGGCUACGCUGCUGCCUUCUGGGGAUGGGCGCUGGCGCUGACGCUUGGUGUGCUGGUCGCCGGUGGAGUAUCCGGAGCGCACCUGAACCCCGCCAUCACGGUCGCCGUGACCACGGUGGGCAAGUUCCCGUGGCGGAAGAUCGUGCCGUACAUGGUGGCACAGUACAUCGGGGCAUUCCUCGCCUCCGUUAUACUGUUCAUCACUUAUCGCGGUGCACUGGACAACUACGACGGUGGAGUACGGGCUGUGACGGGAGCAAAUGCUACCGCGGGAAUAUUCGCCUCCUAUCCUCAAGAAUUCGUCAGCACUGGCAAUGGCCUUGUUGACCAGAUCGUGGGCACCGCGCUGUUGGUGCUCGCCAUCCUGGCCAUCACGGACUCGCGAAACAUGGCGGUGCCACAGGGCGUCCAGCCGCUGUUCAUCGGCCUCGCUUUGGGUGCGAUCAUUCUCUGCUUCGGCUACAACUGCGGUGCACCUCUGAACCCCGCGAGAGACCUGGGACCCAGAGUCUUCACUGCCAUGGCCGGAUGGGGAGUUGAGGUAUUCAGCUACCGGGACUACAACUGGUUCUGGGUGCCCAUCGUGGGCCCACACAUUGGCGCCAUUGUUGGAGCCUGGUUGUACACACUGGCCGUGGAGCUUCACUGGCCCGGAUCGAGCUACGACAUGGACAGCGGUAACGCGGUAUCUGCCAAGGACGAUGGUAUCGGACAAGACAGUGUUCGAAUGUGAAAUUGAAAACGUCAUCCAAAUGAGAGGAAUCAAACCAUGCGAUUUGAAGAAUUGAACAUGGAGCAAGAAAGAAAAAAACAUGAAACGGGGUCACGAGAAACACGUGUUGUUAGAUACCGGGGAAAAAAUCGUCGCAUCCCCCACAUUCACAUAGGACACACUGCACACAACUACAGUCCCACCACGUGGACCGCAACGAUCGAUGUAUCCGAUGCGCGGCAAGGCGUCUCCAAGGAGUCGUAUACAUCUCAUCACAAAAGUACGGCUUAGGCCUGCAUCCAUCAUCCGGCUGGAGUGGGAUAUAAAACAACGAAUCGCUGGACUACUGAACAUCUGGACUUGAUCUUGCGGCGCAAUUGCACUUCCAAGCCCUUCAACGCGGUUCCGAGUGUUUUCUUGAAAACACGAGUCCAUUUUUUUUUCUUUCCCACAGCACCACAAAUCUAUGUGCAGUUUUCUGCCACUGUUUGCUGCACACAACUUUUAUCUCACUUAGCAGCUACGCACUCGCGAAGGCAUGUACCAAACGAAAGGUAUCGCAGACCUGUGCAUAUUUGAUCACUAGUAGCAUACAUCGACGUUGUGGGCCAUUUUCUUUCUUCUUCAAUUGUGAAGUGGCUUUUGUGCUCGCAUUUUUUUUUCUAUUUGUUCUGCGAGGAAACAGAAGUGGUGCGUUAGGGAUGACUAGCAAUAAAAUAAAUUGCUCAUUCUCAACGCUUGAAUGGAGAGAGAGAGAGCGAGAGAAAAAAAUAAAUUAAGAGAAAGGCUGGGAGGUCAACCAGGAUUGUAGCAUCCGGUUUGCUACCCUUCACUAAGCAGAGGUGUGAGCAAGAUCAAGCAUAAAGCGGAGACAAAAAGUAGGCGGGUUAUAUGAUGGAGCCAUCUGGGCUCAUAAUCACGAAAACAUCUUACGCUAAAAACUUUCCUAAUAUUUCAGCCAAUCAUGACGCGGGACGUAGCUUUAGUGAAGCCGGCUAUCCAAUAGGAAAAUGCACCUACGAAAGCGACGUUUUGUCGAUUCAGCCUCUAACGUAAUAAGCGUUUUGCCGAACACGACUGGAACCCCUUUGAAAAUGUGAACAUAAUUUGCAAAGAGCACGUGAAGUGUAAUUUUAUUUUAAUAAAUGUGGAUUUUGUUUGUUUUUACGAGUAACUAGUUUUGCGGUACGAGCGUAAAUAUCGCAACCCUAAAAGCUUGCCAAAGAUGUGUGGUCCCUCUCGCUGCUGCGAUGUUUAGCGAUUUCACCGCCCUUAACGCAAACGACGAUCGAAGAGAAAGUAAAUAAAGAAUAAACUUUCAUGCUGCUCGCCUUUUCAUAUACAUACCAUACCUCAUUUUGUUCAUUUUACCAAUGAGUAUUUUUUCCCAUCCGUUUGUUCAUUGAAUUAUGUGUAUAGAUAUUGUUUCUUCUGUUUCAACAUGUUAUUUUUUGGUUUUCUUGAAAGCUUUACUGACAUCUCUCUCUUUAGAGAUUAUAUGCUGGUUAUACCAUUCGCUUUCGAUUGAUUUAUAGUGACUCACUACCUUUCGAGGGAAAAAAAAAACGUUCUUCACGAAUACGAACACUUCGUUAGAAAUUACGCAAUUCUUUGGCUGCAUUAUCAUUACUAAAAUUGUACAACGUUCCUGACAAAUAAACAGAUGAAUAAAACUAAAAACAUUUUUUAGGCGUCCAUUGGUGAAUUUCGAGUAACGUACUCGCCUGCCAACUCAUGAAUGGUCUGUGUUUUUUUGGUUUUUUUUUUUUUUGCAGAUACUUGCGUAAGCCACUCAAUGCUUACAUCCUCUUACUGUGCCGCCUUAUAUUGUUAUUUAAAUCACAUUUGUGACACAUUUGUGACACAUUUGUGACACAUUUGUAUCUUAUGGGCUUUGAGUACAGACCCCACAACAGCACUAUUUGUAUCCACGCUGUGUUGAUGUAAUGAAAAGAUAAAGAAAAACAUUGCUUUAAUUAGUGAAAGAGUGAGUUGUUGCAAUGUCUUGUUUAAUUUUUUUAGAACUUGCACGUUUGUAAUAUGCGCAAACGCAAGUGUUAUUCCACGCAGCACCUUAUAUUUAUCUAACACUGUGUUGAAAAAAAAAAUAAAAUUGGCAGAACGAAGUGUGCGCCUAUAUUUACCUGUAUUUGCGCUAUGUGGAUUGUUCUGACUGUUGUUGUUGUUGUCACUUGGAUUUCUGUCACAUCUCGUUUAUCGUGUAUUCGAACGAGUGGUAUUGCAUUGUCUUCAUGGCAUCCUGAAAUAAACACUACGUUGUAGUCUGUUAAUUAG